AAACCCUUAGGGGGGUAACGUCACUCCCCCUGGCAUAUCAGCCCCUGUCCUCUAUUCUUGUCCACCACAUCGCCACAGAGAACGUCAACAUCGCAUCCAUCUUCAACUAGAAAUGGUUUACAAACUAUAUCUGACCAAAGCAGAAAUCCUCCCCGAUUCCGUACGUAUCGGCAAGGAGUCAUUAAAAUGCUCUGGUAUGCAUGCUGGCUGAAGUAUAUUCUAGUGAAUUUGGGAAAGGUCAUUUAAAGUGCAAGGUGAGUGCGCCGAGAAUGAUUUGUGACAAAGGAAAUAUCGGCAAGAGGCAACAACAGUAACUUCAGGGUCUCAUCGCGAAAGCGCCUUUACACAAGAGCACGGAAUAAUCAUGCCUGUACGAAGAGGUCAUGUUGCGCCACAAAAUACAUUUCUUGGGAUAAUAAUACGGAAAUUCGAGGGACAGAAUAGGAAAUUUGUCAUAGCCAAUGCCCGGGUGCAGAACUGUGCAAUCAUCUACUGUAACGAUGGCUUCUGUGAGAUGACUGGCUACUCCAGACCGGACGUCAUGCAGAAGCCGUGCACCUGUGAAUUCCUCCAUGGCGAGCACACUGACACACAUGCCAUCAGCCAGGUGGACCAGGCUCUGAUGGGCUCAGAGGAGCGCAAGGUGGAAAUCACAUAUCAUCGCAAAGAUGGGACGGACUUCCAGUGCUACACUCACAUAAUCCCGGUGAAGAACGAGGAAGGCGUAGUGAUGUUGUUCAUUCUAAACUUUGAUUACGUCCUUGAGGAGGGAAGCAGCGACUCGACAGAGAAGCUGAAUCACUCAUCCCUGGAAAGAGCUGAUUCCAGAAAGGGACGAUUCUUCCGAUUCCGCCAGGCUGCCUUUAGUCUGGUCUCCAACAAACAGUCUCUUCCACAAGAGGACCCAGAUGCCGUCAUGGUGGACUCCCCCUCCCCCAAACAGAACGAGGACUCUGAGGCUCUGACCAACUUCCAGUCGCCCCCGACCGAAGACAACUGCAGCCCCACCGAUGCCAAUGACACACGGGCCCUCAUCAGCUCCAGCCACCACUCCUCCCAGGCCAGUGUGCAUGGACCCGGACCCCUGGACCACUCCUCUCCCAAGCAGCACCCGUGGGACAGGCUGUACCAGACGGAGGCGCACCAGUCCACCACCUGCCUCGCACACACCAUCUCCAGAGGCAGCAUCAGCGGGAGCAGCAUGAGGCGAGCCUCCUCCGUCCACGACAUAGAAGGCUUCAGCAACUCCAAGAGCAUGUUCAGGAACCGACACGCGAGUGAAGACAAUGGUCGCUAUAUCAGAGGUCCGUUCAAUCAUCUCAAGUCCAGUUUGCUUGGCUCCACCUCUGAAUCCAACAUCAACAAGUACAGCACCAUCAACAAGAUCCCGCUGAUUGCGCUCAACUUCACGGAGCGGAAUAACGAAAAUAAGGCACACUCUCCCCCAUCGUCAGAAAACACUAUCAUAGCACCCAAGGUUAAGGACAGAACGCACAACGUCACUGAGAAAGUCACACAGGUACUGUCACUGGGUGCUGAUGUCCUUCCAGAAUACAAGCUCCAGACUCCACGCAUGGACAGAUUCACCAUCCUCCACUACAGCCCAUUCAAAGCUAUGUGGGACUGGCUCAUCCUGCUGCUGGUCAUCUAUACAGCCAUCCUGACACCCUACUCUGCUGCUUUCCUACUCAAUGACCGCGAGGAGCAAAUGAGGCGCGAGUGUGGAUACUCCUGCAAUCCCCUGAAUGUGGUUGAUUUCAUGGUGGACAUCAUGUUCAUCGUUGACAUCGUUAUCAACUUCCGGACCACAUACGUGAAUCUGAACGAGGAAGUGGUCAGCCAACCAGGGAAGAUCGCCAUUCACUAUUUCAAAGGCUGGUUCCUUAUAGACAUGGUGGCUGCGAUCCCCUUUGACCUGCUUAUCUUCGGUUCAGGAUCAGAUGAAACCACCACUCUGAUUGGCCUAUUGAAGACAGCCCGACUUCUGCGAUUGGUGCGUGUUGCCCGGAAACUGGACCGUUACUCUGAGUACGGAGCGGCUGUACUCAUACUACUUAUGUGCAUCUUUGCACUCAUCGCUCACUGGCUAGCUUGCAUAUGGUACGCCAUUGGCAAUGUGGAGAAGCCUUACCUGGAGCACAACAUUGGUUGGCUCGACAAUCUUGGGGUAUCCAUUGGCAAGAGGUAUAACUUCAGUGACCCUAACUCUGGGCCCUCCAUCAAAGACAAAUACGUCACAGCACUUUACUUCACGUUCAGCAGUCUAACCAGCGUGGGCUUUGGGAAUGUCUCCCCAAAUACCAACUCAGAAAAGAUCUUCUCCAUCUGUGUCAUGCUGAUCGGCUCCCUCAUGUAUGCCAGCAUCUUCGGUAACGUGUCAGCUAUCAUCCAGCGGCUGUACUCGGGCACGGCCAGAUACCACACCCAGAUGCUCCGGGUUCGAGAGUUCAUCCGCUUCCACCAGAUCCCCAACCCGCUAAAGCAGAGACUGGAGGAGUAUUUCCAACACUCCUGGACCUACACCAACGGCAUCGACAUGAACACGGAGGUGUUAAAAGGCUUCCCUGAGUGUCUGCAGGCAGAUAUCUGCCUCCACCUCAACCAGGCUCUGUUGGAGAGCUGCAAGGCCUUCCACGGAGCCACCAAGGGCUGCCUGAGAGCCCUGGCCAUGCGCUUCCAGACCACCCACGCCCCCCCAGGGGACACCCUGGUCCACAGCGGAGACGUCCUAACAGCACUUUACUUCCUGUCUCGGGGCUCCAUAGAGAUCCUGAAAGAUGACAUUGUGGUAGCCAUUCUGGGAAAGAAUGACAUCUUUGGAGAAAUGAUCCAUCUGUACGCCAAACCUGGAAAGUCCAAUGCGGACGUCAGAGCCCUGAGUUACUGUGACCUGCAUACCAUACAGAGAGAUGAUCUCUUAGAGGUGCUUGACAUGUACCCUGAGUUUGCCGAUUUCUUCCUGACAAAUCUGGAGCUGACGUUUAACCUCCGAGAUGAGAAUGGCAAGGCCGCGUAUUCUCACGCUAGUGACUCAGAUCCAGAGGAAGACGUUAAGAGCACAAAGAUCACAAGAAGGAUCUCCUUCACACCACAUCCAACUAAAGGCGAGUUCUGUAUCCAUACUUUGCACGAGCACUUCCUCUUGUCAUUUUUCACUGAGCAGCUCUCUCAGUCCCAGAGGAGUUCAGUGCUUUCUCUCUGUAAUACUAGAGCACGGUGUGUUCCACUGCCUCGUCUUGAUUACAAUUCCACAGGGGGAAGCAACAAGGAAACAGAAAAUUACUCCGGGAGGGAGAGGGAGUCCUACUUGUGCCUAAAGAGAACUUCAGUUGACCUGAAACACUCAGGGAAGGAGGAGCAGAUGUCCAUGGGGUCGGCCAUCCAGGGGUGUCCCUCAGUGAAAGACCUUGCACUGGGGCUCGACUCCAAUCCCCCUGGAGACAUCAUGGAGAGAACUCCCUCUUAUGACGAUAACAUUGAUCUGUGCAAUGACAAAUGGGUCUGCGAGAAGCCCCGAGACUACCUGGAUGAGUCAGCACAAUUGCAGGACCUGAGGGGCGAGGACGGCGAUGCCAGUGAAAUCACAUACGGAGAGGUGGAGCAACGCUUAGAUCAGCUCGAAGAGCACUUGAACAGGCUGGAGUCCCAGAUGACAUCAGAUAUUCAGACCAUCCUGCAGCUCCUGCAGAGGCAGUCCACACUGGGACCUCCUGCCUACAGCACUGUGACUGCUAGUCCAGACUAUCAAAGGCCAGCUGUUAGGGUCCAGCCAAUUGCUGCUUUGACCAGCAGCCAUUGCUUCAGCCAUUCGUCAUCACAAAGUCCUGAACUCAACUUGGAGAGGAGUCAUCAGGAAUCCAAAGACUCGCUGUCAGGCUUGGCUUACAUGGAUGAUUCACCCAUAGAGGACAGCCUUACAGUACUGCUUGUACAAAGACACACACAGAACAAACCUGCAGGGCAUCAGCAUUCCAAAUCUCUCUUUCUUCCUAUUGAGGACUCCUCUCCACUAUCAGACUCAUCUCCCAACACAGGACUCCAUAGGCCAGUCUCAGACCCAGGACCCCCAAGGCCAUAGAGCAAGAUCUCUUAUUUUCAUUUUGCCUGUCUUCUCUGAAGUGUGACUCAGGGUUUAAUUCUCUCUUAAUUGCAUUGCAAUAUGUGAAGUAUCUUGUAGUUUUCCUCCUGAAAUGAUUUGCAUGACAGAUUGUUUUCGUUGCAUGGUAGCUUUGAUUCAGACCUCUGACAGACAAGUGUGAUUUUGGUAGGUUUACAAGGCAGAACACUUAUUUUCACCGUAGUAUGUUUCUUUUUUUUGCACUGCUUAUUUGAACCACAAGUAGCUGUAUGAUAAAGGCAUUGUCCAUAUACUUCAGACUUUGUUUUAGAUUGCAGUUUAUUUUACUAAAUGAUUAUGCAUACAUAGUAUUACAUGUUAUGUAGCACAUGGAGCGAUAUAAUGUUAGCUUAUCAAUAGGCACUGGAAAUAUAGAUGAUAUUGUGCCUAUAACUAAAUCCAAAAAUCAAAUCAGUAGCUUUAUGUAGCCUCACUCUGCUCAUUCUCAACAUAAAAUCAAUCACAUUGUUUUCCAAUGUAUUCUGCUCUCAUAGUAAAUGCACAUGAAAAAAAUCUUAUAGGAAAGACAUGUACAAAUAUGUAAAUGUAUUUUUAUUUAUUAAGGAAUACAUUAAAGGAUGGGGUGCAAUUGAAAUGUUCGUGGUAGCAUAUGUUUGUCCUGAAGCUAUGGGAGCAAUAAAAUGAAACUAAAGCAUUUACUUUUGAAGAACUUCCAAUUGGUUGACCUUUUUUCUAAAGAUUUGGUCCACCAUAUCUUUUCGUGGGGGAAAUGUAUUUUGCACUAAAAGUUGCUUGAAUAUUCAGCAAUGCAAUUAUUUUGUCUCAUGCAUGCAUUUAGCAUCCAUUAUCAGUGGUGUACUGUAGUAUUAACAGCAUGGGAUAGCAAAUGCCCUUGCUCUCUCUUCAAUAUAAAUGAAUGAAGACAAGACAGUAUACUUGCAUGUCCAAAGCACUAAAACGUUCAAGCGGCGGAAGGAUUUAGGUUCCAUGAUUACUGUAUUAUAAUUAUAGAAUGAGUGUGUCACAUUAGUCCAUUUCCAAACAAGAACACAUAUAACAGAGUAGCAGACAGUAAACAUAAAAUCACAAUAUUCCAACUAAUGAAUGUGUAUUUUUACAUUUCCUGAAAUGAGUAGCCUAGGUAUUGCAUGGAAAGUAAAUACGUGGUAAAGUCCUUAGUAAGCUUUUGCAUACAUUUUGCCUGAUUCUCACAAACUAGGGGGAUAGAGAAACAAUUAGUUGGUCUAUUUUUUUUAUUAUGUUUUUGAUGCAUUUUCAACGUGUCAUGCUUUUUACACUCCACUACAAUUAAUUGGAAUGUUUCUGUUCUGAAGUGACUACAGACACAAUGUAUAGAGUACAAUUGAUUUAGCUAAUUACCUUGCCUAUUUCAAGAAAUAAAAAGUAUAUUUAAUACAA